AUGGCGGAGAAGUGGGUUUUGACGGUGACGGCGCAAACGCCGACGAAUAUAGCGGUGAUAAAGUACUGGGGAAAGAGGGACGAGAAUUUGAUACUGCCUAUUAAUGAUAGCAUCAGUGUCACUCUCGAUCCGCAGCACCUUUGCACCACCACCUCCGUUGCCGUCAGCCCGGCUUUCACCCACGACCGCAUGUGGCUCAAUGGAAAGGAAAUAUCCCUUUCCGGAGGUAGAUACCAAAAUUGUUUGAGGGAACUUCGGGCUCGUGCUAGUGAUGUUGAGGAUGAGGAGAAGGGUAUUAAGAUUGCAAAGAAGGAUUGGGAGAAACUGCACUUGCACAUUGCUUCCUAUAACAAUUUCCCUACUGCUGCUGGUUUGGCUUCAUCAGCCGCAGGUUUUGCUUGUUUAGUUUUUUCCCUUGCUAAGUUGAUGAAAGUGAAAGAAGAUCACAGUAAACUUUCUGCUAUAGCAAGGCAAGGUUCAGGAAGUGCUUGUCGCAGCUUGUAUGGUGGAUUUGUCAAGUGGAUCAUGGGAAAAGAGGAAAAUGGAAGUGACAGCAUUGCUGUACAACUUGCAGAUGAGAAGCACUGGGACGAUCUUGUGAUUAUCAUUGCUGUUCUCUCUACAGUUCUAGUGGAUAUUGCUCAACAUCCCAUGAUUGGUAUUUAUGAUAGCGUGAUGAAUAUCCAAAACCUGUUGCUGGCAAGUGUUGAAUCUUUUGACAUUAAUAUUGAGCAGCAAAAAGUGACAGUGAAAGGCAGCGUCCAACCAGAAACUGUUCUGCAAACCGUUUCAAAAUCUGGGAAGGCAACUUCUUUCUGGGAAGCGGUGGAAGCACCAGCCGCACCAGAAUCAAAGUCUGCUGAAACACUAGCCGCACUAGAAUCAAAGCCUACUGAAACACCCACUGAACCAGAAUCAAAGCAUGCAGAAGCUCCGGCUGAGCUAGAAUCAAAGCCUGCAGAAGCACCAAUUGAACCAGAAUCAAAGCCUGCUGAAACACCAAUUGAACCAGAAUCAAAGCCUACUGAAGCACCAGAGCCAGAAUCGAAGCAUGCUGAAGCUGUUGGUGUUGCUUAA